UAGUUUAUUUUUUAAAUCUUCUACGCGUUCACGCCGUUACGCUCCCAACCCCCAGGAGGCGAUGUUGCGCUUUCACACACACUUGUACUGAGUGACGCACGAAGAAGGUUGAACUGUGCGCGGGCAGCGGAGAUGGCGGAGAGUGGAGUUUCAGUGGGAUCUGAAUCCCUGCAGCUGUAUGAAGCACAGUUCUUCGGCUUCACCCCAGAGACCUGCACUUUACGAGUUCGGGAUGCCUUUCGAGACUCCCUCAAUCACAUAUUGGUCGCUGUUGAAUCUGUGUUCGUGAAAAGAUUGUGUCCAGGCCAGGAUCCGCCAGCACAGCUCCGACUGACAGCCCGAGAAAGCACCCAAAAACUGCGGCAGUUCUUACAGGAGCGCUUUGAAAUCAUGUUUCAGCGCAUGAAGGUAAUGCUGAUGGACCGCGUCCUCUCCAUCCCUCACAAUGUCCUGCUGCCCGAUGACCAGCUGCAUCAGGAGUACCCAGAAGGCAAAGAAGACCUCGUGAAGCUGCAGGACUCCAUUGCAAAGCUUCUGCAGGCUUAUGAAGCCGAGGUGUGCGCCAAGCAGGCGCUUCUCACUGAGCUUGAGGAGCAGAAAGAAACGCAGAAACAGCUGGAUGAAGUGCUGCGGUGGAUCGAGGAACUGCGACUUUCAUGGAGGCGAGAGGGAAUGGGAAAUGUCAGAGACAGCAUCCGACACAUGAUGGAGACUGUGGGCCAACUGCAGGAUGUUGUAGGAAAGAUUAACAAGCGAAAUAAAGGACUGGAUGAAGUUUGAAGUUUUAUUUGUAACAUUACAGCCCUGUGGUGUAGUUGCAUGGUCCAUCCACCAGGGGGAGUGGAUGCACAGUGCACAAUCUAUUCGAUACAAUUAUUUUAACAUACUAGUACCACGAUCAGUCCAGCUUCAAAGCAGUACAUUUGUAAUCAGGCGAUUUUCCUCAGACAUUUGAAAUGCAGUCCAUCUCUCCUUCCUCAAAGUCAUUGGGUUUUCUCAUUUAAGAUUUCAGUGCCUUUGAUGCUCAGUACAGUGAGAUCUGCAUUAGAUUAGCCCAAAUUUCCCACAGGCCCAAACUGAUGUGUCCAACAGCCUGGUUGGCUUUACAUUUACACAAAGCUUUAUAUUGUUUGAGGAGAUAUUUUAAGGUCUUGCCCUUGAUGUUCAGAGGAGAAAGAUUUUUAAGUUCAUAUUGACUUCUGCAGGACCUCAUCACCAGCAGAGGAACACCUCUAUUUGUACAUAGUCUGAAUCUAAAUGACAGUUCUUGGAUUGAGUUGCUAAGUGCAAAUGUCAAUUUGGAAAGCAAAUGUUAGAAAUAAAUGUAAUAGACUGAUAUGCUUGUUUUGUCCAUAACUGUAAAUAGCAAUAAAAUGAGUUUGUGUUUGCAUUAUGAUGCAUUCUUUUCCACAAAUAAAAUAUAUAGUGAAAGAUA